UGGGUAUUGCUCGAGAACAUGGUAUUGUUGGUAACAUUGAUGCCGGAUGUAUUGAUCUGAUAUCUUUAGCACUGGAUGUUUAUCUGAAAAAUAUAAUAGAAAUGGCCAUUGACACAGUUAGAUACAGAAAGAAGAAGUAUUCUGAUUAUUAUGACCUAGAUGACUUUGGAACUUAUCAAGCUGUCUCCAGUGGUACAGAUACUAGCAAAGAUGCUAAAGAUGAUAUUAUGGAAAUAGAAAGGAAGAGAACCAUUUCUUUAACAAAUGAAGAUAUAUAUACGUCUUUAUCUUUAUUUCCAAAUAUGGCCGAUGCUUCAGGAGCAUAUUACAAUGCAAUGAACUUGGGUUUGGUCAAUGAUGAUGAAUUAGUGAUUAAGAGUAGUUCUAUUGAUGAUUUACCGGAUUUCCUCGAAGAAAAGCCGUUUUUUA